GCAAAGCACACAGAUGCACUUUCCUGCGCAGACUUACGCUCAGAGUGCAAGCUACACAACCCCUUCUCCACUCACAAUCUAGGACCAUCACGAACGAUGGGGACGUUGCUCCAAUACCUCGCCAUGGUCUCAGCCAUGGUCCUGACAGUGCAAGGUCAGCCCUCACUCAUUGAGUACAUGGAAAGGAGACUCUCUGCUUUCGAGGAUCGGAUAGCUGUCUGGUAUGAUCAGACCCAGAGAUACUCCUCAGAAUACAGAGAAUUCAAAAACCAGAUUCUUUCUCUGGUGGAUAGCUUGGAUAAGGAGAAGGAGGAGCAAAGGCACAUUCUUGAUUUGGCAAAUUCUCGUAUUGAACGUGUUGAGCGAGAGAUGGACUACUUAGAGACCAAAAAUCCAGCCCCAGCAUGUGUGGAGGUCGAGGACAAGUUUAUUGACAAAAAUGGCGGAAAAGCUGAGAAAAGGAAGAAACCUAGGUUUUUCGAUUGCACCGAAAUGAUCAGCAGCAUUAAAGCAAUGAAAAUCGUUAAGAAGCUGGAGACGAUUUCUGGGCUGUGGACCAGAGACCUGAUGUCCGACUCUGGGAAAAUCUAUGUAUUUGACGGUAUCGCUAACGACACGAUAUAUGAAUUUGCCAGAUUACGGGACCUGACUGAUUUCUCUGGUUUCAUGAAAGCAAAGAAAAUCAAACUGCCUUACCCAUGGGCCGGCACAGGCCACUUGGUGUACAAAGGCUACUUGUAUUACAUUAGAAAUGAGCCCGAGUUCCAACUGAUCAAAUUUGACCUGAAAAACCGGACAGUGACAGACAGCACCAUGUUCCCUGCCGAGCAGCAAAUCCCAGUCUAUGGUCUAUCACCGUUCAAUUACAUUGAUCUAGCCGCAGAUGAACAUGACUUGUGGGCUAUAUAUGCCACCUUAGAAAACGAGAAGCACAUCUGCCUCGCGAGGUUGAACCCUAAGACACUGGAUAUCGAGCAAAUGUGGGAUACUCCAUGUCCUAUAGAGAAUGCUGAGAAUGCCUUUGUCAUCUGUGGUACGCUCUACGUGGUUUAUAACAGUAAGCUCCGCAGUCGAUCACGGAUCCAGUGUGUUUAUGAUGUCAAUGGCAUCGUGACCAAUGAUGUAGCGCCUUUGGUGUACUUCCCCAAACGGUAUGGGAUGCAUUCCAGCUUAAAAUACAGUCCAAGAGAGAAUUACCUCUAUGCUUGGGACGAUGGAUACCAAAUAAUAUAUAGGCUGGCAAUGAAGCCGAAAUCGGAACUGUAAAUCUUGUGUCUAACUGCAUGUCAUUACUAGGAUCAGGAGCCUGAGAAAACCCCCUUAACAAAGAGGAACCAAAGUAAGAUGGAGGAAAAUGACAAUGUUUUAAGUUGAGUGAUUCACUAAUUUCCCAAGGCUCCAUUAAAGGGUUCAGCACCACGAAAAUAGAAUCAAAUAUUUCAUUAAUUGAGAGAUUAACAGUGCGUUAACAUGCUUGGUGAUGCAUCACAUAUAAUUGUGACUAAGACAGCUGCAGUCAAAUUGAGGAGUUAGUCAAAAGGGAUGUGCAUGGGCCAAUUAAAACAACCACAUCAAGCACACUCACAUGAAACUUUGUACCGGCAUUAAAAAGAAUUAUGCAACACCAUGAAAAUGUGUUGAUGCAUUCAGAUGCUAAAAAGAGUCCCUGAUGAAAGCACUUGCACUUAUAUGGCUACUUUUACAACAUCCCAAAUGGUUUCACUCCCGAUAAAGUAAUUCUGAAGUGUGGUCACUGUUAUAAGAAAUAUAGGUGACAGCUUUUGUACCAACAACAGUCACAAACAGGAAAAUAUUAAUGAAGAGUUCAUCUGUUUUAGGAGUUAGCUAAUGGAUAAAUAUUGGCCACAACACUAGGCAGCACUGUCACACUCUUAGAACAUAGAACAUAGAACAGUACAGCACAGAACAGGACCUUCAGCCCACGAUGUUGUGCUGACCAUUGAUCCUCAUGUAUGCACCCUCAAAUUUCUGUGACCAUAUGCAUGUCCAGCAGUCUCUUAAAUGACCCCAAUGACCUUGCUUCCACAACUGCUGCUGGCAAUGCAUUCCAUGCUCUCACAACUCUCUGUGUAAAGAACCCGCCUCUGACAUCCCCUCUAUACUUUCCUCCAACCAGCUUAAAACUAUGACCCCUCGUGUUAGCCAUUUCUGCCCUGGGAAAUAGUCUCUGGCUAUCAACUCUAUCUAUGCCUCUCAUUAUCUUGUAUACCUCAAUUAGGUCACCUCUCCUCCUCCUUUUCUCCAAUGAAAAAAGUCCGAGCUCAGUCAACCUCUCUUCAUAAGAUAAGCCCUCCAGUCCAGGCAGCAUCCUGGUAAACCUCCUCUGAACCCUCUCCAAAGCAUCCACAUCUUUCCUAUAAUAGGGCAACCAGAACUUGACGCAGUAUUCCAAGUGCGGUCUAACCAAAGUUUUAUAGAGCUGCAACAAGAUCUCACGACUCUUAAACUCAAUCCCCCAGCUAAUGAAAGGCAAAACACCAUAUGCUUUCUUAACAACCCUGUCCACUUGGGUGGCCAUUUUAAGGUGUGUCUGCACACCAAGAUCCCUCUGUUCCUCCACACUGCCAAGAAUCCUAUCCUUAAUCCUGUACUCGGCUUUCAAAUUCGACCUUCCAAAAUGCAUCACCUCGCAUUUAUCCAGGUUGAACUCCAUCUGCUACCUCUCAGCCCAUCUCUGCAUCCUGUCAAUGUCCCGCUGCAGCCUACAACAGCCCUCUAUACUGUCAACGACACCUCCAACCUUGUGUCAUCUGCAAACUUGCUGACCCAUCCUUCAAUCCCCUCAUCCAAGUCAUUAAUAAAGAUUACAAACAGUAGAGACCCAAGGACAGAGCCCUGUGGAACACCACUCACCACUGACUUCCAGGCAGAAUAUUUUCCUUCUACUACCACUCGCUGCCUUCCGUUGGCCAGCCAAUUCUGUAUCCAGACAGCUAAGUUCCCAUGUAUCCCAUUCCUCCUGACCUUCUGAAUGAGCCUACCAUGGGGAACCUUAUCAAAUGCCUUGCUGAAGUCCAUAUGCACCACAUCCACAGAUAAAUAUUGGCCACAACACUAGGCAGCACUGUCACACUCUUCUUGGAAGCGCAGGGCUGGGUUUUCCAGAGGCAAGCCCAACUGAACCUCACCCACAUAAUCCCCCCAACCUUGGUAAAAGGCAGCAUCAGGUCUGCCAUCUGGUAUCCACAUCACCAGUACUCUUUAGGUUUGUUCGAAACCGAACGCAUGGCAAUGUUUCACGGCCCACUCCAUUUUACAGGAGGUGCACAGGAAAAUCAUUAGGAGUGUGUUAAGCCAGAAAUGUGGGAAUGGCACCUUGACUCAUGAGAAUGAAUCCAUGGGUGGAGUUUGCAGUAAAGUCUACUGCUUAUGGUGACAGCAUUUGGCUGUCAAUAAUCCUGAGGUGUUCAGAUUCAGAUUAGGGAGAGACUGAGAGGUCUCAAGGGCCCAGUAAGCUGGAAUUUGGUCCAUGGCUGAUUCCCUCUCUCACCGGAUGUGCCAGCUUAGAUGUUCAAUUAACCUCUGUGCCCUCCCCUCCACUACAUCCCAAUUGGUCCUCAACCCCAUUGGCUAGCCACAAUUUGGCUGGUUAACCAUUGAUUCAAUGUGAUAUCACAGUAGGGGUGGGAGAGGGUUGAAGUGGCUGGGAAGAGGAGGCUAGCAGAAGGGAUAGGGCUAUGCAUUUCCUGCCAACCCUGUUAUUGCAGCCCAGUGUAUGAGAUUAUUUAUAUCUGCCUGAGAGAGCAAAAGGGCUUCCCUCAUAAUUUAUCCAAAAACAACACCACUUGCAGUGCAGCACUCCUGCAGUACCAUCAUUGACUGUUUGGGCCAUUGUCAUCGUUCUGAUAUUUGUCUCAGACACUACUGCUGAUUGGAUAUUUGCUCAAGAUACUGUCAUUGACUAAUUGCUUCUAAACACAGUAGCUUAUGCGGUGGGUUAGGUAUCCCUUAAUGUUGGCAUACUUGGUAGACAUGGGUAGGGUACAUGACAUUAUGGUCGGUGACUUGUUACUGUUAGGACUCAUUCAGAAACUAGUUUUUCACUGUUCGCACAUUCAAGGAUCCAGUAUGGGCUUAAAAAACAGUACUGUUGAGAUUAAGAACAGGGUUUGUCACAAUUGUGUAAAUAAUAAAGCAAUGGAUAUGCUUUAUCUAUGGUAUGGCACUGGGCUUACUCCUAAUUUCAAGUCACUUGUUUUGCAAAUAAUACCUUGACACAGCUCUUCCCAUUGAUGCCAUGGCACAAAUUUGUUAAAAUUUCAAUAACCGAAAGGUAAAUUCAUUGAGAAAUCAGCCCCUAUUGAAACUGGCUCUAUGAUUUGUAAUGUCAACUAUUCUUACACCUAUAGCAUUCUUGUACUGUCUUACAGCUGAUCCAGUUAUCCUAUAUGUAACCACAAUGUAUACUUUUUAUAAUUAUAACUAUCUGCAUUAAUAAUAAUCAUUCACUGUGAGAGUGGGUGAUAUAAGUGAUUGCAUUCCAUUCCAUUAACAGACUGAGGAUGAAAAUCUUCCUGAAAGUUGUAAGUUCAUAGAAUCGUAGAACUACUCGAGCACUAAUAAAAGCUAUUUCAUCCA